CAGGCUUUUUUCACAUUUUUUGUAAACAACAUGGCGACCUACGGACUGGCCCUGUUAGCAGACUGAAGAAAUACACUGCCGCAAAGAAACAACAUCUCCAUCUGACAAUCGCAGCGGAUCACAUUUUCUGCAAGUAAAAAAUCCAGGAAAUUAUUCAGGUAGUUGUCGAUUGAGGACGAGUCGGACCGAAGAGCUGUCAAGAGGAAGACUGUCAAAAGGCUCACUCCGGUCUAUGGGCUCCCAGUCCAGUUCUGGGAUGUCUGGUGGAAGGGGAUCCUCCAGUGGCACCCCAGCAGAAUCUGACGGAGAGAACCAGGGUCGUGGGCGUCGCUCCGACCGGCAGCAGGGAGAGAGGCAGUCAUCAGAGGAGGACGUAGACCUCGCUGAAGUGCUGGCGUACUUACUGAGGAGGGGCCAGGUGCGGCUGGUCCAUGGGAGUGGAGCCACAGGGCUACAGCUGGUCCAGUCUUACUCUGACUCAGACGAGGACAGUGAUGGGGCCUGGGAGGGGCGCCUGGGCGACCGCUACAACCCACCAGUGGACGUCCAGCCUGACACAAAUGAAGUGGACCGCAGUGAGAUCCGCACUCAGAUCCUCUUGGCCACAGCCUCGUCCACGCUCAAAGGGAGGCACAGUUUACAUAUGUUAGCAGAGAGGGAACAGGGCAGAUGUAGAGGCUCCAGUUUUUCCCACGGAGAGUGCAGUCGUAUUCGAACACAUUUCCUGCCAAACUACGUGUCCCACAAGGAUACAUACCAGCAGAAAGCCUUCUGUGGAGUGUACAGCGAGAAUGGCAACAUGUUCCUCUCCGCCUGCCAAGAUCAGAAUAUCCGCUUGUACGACACCACUAGGGGGCGCUUCACCCUGAAGCGGACAGUGAAGGCACGGGACGUGGGCUGGAGUGUGUUGGACGUGUGCUUCAGCCCUGAUGCUCAUCACGUGCUCUACUCCAGUUGGUCUGACUACAUUCAUUUGUGCAGUAUAGAUGGCGACAGUGAAAACCACACCGCCCUGGACCUCAAUCCAGAUGAGAGGCGGUUCUGCGUGUUUUCGCUGGCUGCGUCCACAGAUGGCAAAGAGAUCCUGGGAGGUGCAAACGACGGCUGCCUGUAUGUUUUCGAUCUGGAUCAGAAUAAGCGCACGCUGAAGAUCGAUGCUCACGAGGACGAUGUGAAUGCCGUAGCGUUCGCGGACAGCUCGUCACAGCUGCUGUUCUCAGGCAGUGACGAUGCUCUGUGCAAAGUGUGGGACCGCCGCACGCUCCGAGAGGACAGACCCCAGCCCGUGGGACACCUGGCCGGACACAGGGACGGGAUCACCUUCAUACACAGCAAGGGAGAUGCGCGUUAUUUAAUCAGUAACUCCAAAGACCAGUCCAUCAAGCUCUGGGACGUCCGAAAGUUUUCUCCAAAGGAGGGUUUGGCUGCAUCUCGUUUGGCUGUGACCCAACAGAACUGGGACUACCGUUGGCAACAGGUUCCCCAGAGAGCUCUGAAGAGACACAAGCUGACGGGGGACACCUCUGUGAUGACGUAUCGUGGUCAUGGCGUUCUUCACACUCUGAUCCGCUGCAGAUUCUCGCCAGAGUUCAGCACCGGACAGAGAUUCAUCUACUCCGGCUGCUCCACCGGCAAGAUCGUCAUUUAUGACGUCCUGACGGGCAGCGUGGUCACCAGACUGUCAGGGCAUGACGCCUGUGUGAGGGACGUGAGCUGGCAUCCGUUUGAAGACAACAUCAUCAGCAGCUCUUGGGAUGGAGCCGUGCGGAUGUGGGAGCACAGGCAGACCCACCCAUUGGACGAAGAGCGAGAGAGGGGGCCGAGCAAAACCAUGGGCCAGGAAAAACCAUGUGACUGCUGAAGAACUACAGGAAAUACAGGAAUCACUAUGGACUGGGCGGGGCUAUCCCAAAAAGGAGCCCAUUCAGAAAUAAAGUCGGGAAUUAAUAUAAUACUUUCUCUUAAUCGCUGGAAAUUAAUGAUCACAAAUCUAGUGUGGUUGCAUCGUUGAAGUGCGCAUGGGGCACAGGGACUUUCUUUUGUCUGGUGAUUUAAAAAUGGUCAAAGACAUUUUAUACUUAAGUGCUACUGCUACAGCUAAGAGCUACAGGCACCGCACUUACUUAAUCUGCUGUUUAUGUAUGUAGUUAACCAGAAUCAGAUUGCUUAAAAAAGCAAUGAUGGGAAUUGUGUAAAAAUGUAUAGUAUUUUAAUGAUAAGUGCAUUCAGUGAGUGCAUCUGUCUAUCCAUGUGCUAAUUUGGCAUCAAGUUUGACUUUCUGAUGCAGUUUAAGCUACUUUAAAAGGCGCACUGUGUAACUUUUCUGGAGAGGGUUUUGCAUUUAUUCAACUACAGGUUUAAGUGCUCAAAAAUAGCUUAAAAAACGUGAAUUCUUACUGUGAGUGGGGUCACCUCUCCACAAAUUUAACAUGUAAUUUGGUUUGCAAGUUUAUGGACAUACUGUGGAACAUUCUAGGCACGUCUCCAUGGAGACAAGCAGGUGUCAAGCCCUCCACCGGACAAGAUACACAGUGCAGCUUUAAGCCUGAAAUUCCAAACACAUACACAAUACAAGUUUUGAUUUAGGCUGGCUCUUCUUAUAGUGUUCCCAUAGCAACAGUACAUCCCACUGAUCCUGGGUCAGCGAACGCAAUAACUCUUGGUUCAAUUAAAAAGGAAAUGUUUGUUAAUAUCUACUUUGCUCUUAGGAAAAUGUUUGUUGUACAGAGUUGGAUCAUCUCUAGCAGAAAAUAAUGGGAAAUAUAUGUGAAUGACAUUGUACACAUACUUAGCAGUUUUCAGGUAAAUACACCACAGCUUCACACUUUACAAUAAGAAAUAAAAAAACAAAAAAACUUCAAAUCGGUAUAUUUGAGUUUGUGUUAAAAAAAAAAAAAAAAAAAGUGGUCUUAAAGGUUUGCAAAACUGAUUUCGAGGACAUGAGAAAAAUACAAAGAUAAACUGCACAAUCAAUAGUUCAUUUGAUUUAUUCAUUAUCAGUUACAGUGAUUUUUAUGAGAAAAUUAAACAAUGUGAUGGUAAAUUCAGAUUUCAGGACAAUUUUUUACUCACAAACCAAUUAACAUCUUAUCUGGUGCUAAUGUCCUGUUUAUCGAUAUUUGAUUUUAAAAAAAAUGUUGUUACAACAUUGCUUGGUUUAUGUUCUGUUUUGUUGUAAAUUAAAAACCGCUAACUUUG